AUGGUCACUUUCACAAAAGCAAGCAUAGUAGCUGUGCUGCUGCACUAUGCCACGGCUCAAUUCGUUCCCCCGCCGACCGACCUAACUACAAAAGAAGGUAAUGCUGGAAUAAACGUGCGAUACAAGAAAGUGCCACCUGGUAUCUGUGAGCAGGAUCCAAAUGUGAAAAGUUAUUCUGGAUAUGCUGAUGUCGGUGAGCAUGAACACAUUUUCUGGUGGUUUUUUGAGACCAGAAAUGGCAACCCCGAGGAUACACCUCUCACAGUUUGGAUUAAUGGCGGGCCUGGCUCAUCUUCGAUGCUUGGCCUAUUUCAAGAACUUGGACCUUGUGGAGUAGACUACGAUGGCAACGUAUACAACAAUCCCCAUUCGUGGAGCAAUGUCAGCAACAUGCUCUUCAUAGAUCAGCCAGCAACCACCGGACUUUCAUAUACGAUCCCUAUUCCAGGCUACACCAAUAGCGAUGGGUUGAUCAUUCAAUUGCCGAAUAACACAUGUCCCGACUAUGCACAGAAAUCCGGAACAUGCGGAACCUACUCGAAGCCAGAUAUUUCUCUCGUGCCAAAUUCAACAGCAAGUGCUGCUCCUAACAUGUGGAAAACACUGCAGGGGUUCAUGGGGGCAUUUCCACAGUAUUCAAAGAAUGGCUUGAACUUCGCGACCGAGAGUUACGGAGGCCAUUAUGGACCAGUUUUCAACACGUACAUACUAAAGCAGAACGCCAAAAAGAUUCCGGGUUCAGUCCAUAUCGACCUCAAAAAUGUUCUCAUUGGAAAUGGUUGGUUCGACCCAUUGAUUCAAUACCAAGCAUAUUACAACUUCUCUGUCUUCCCCGGAAACACAUAUGACUAUGAUCCAUACAAUGAGUCCAUCAAAGCGGAAUGGUACAACAAUCUCUAUGGUGAAGGAAACUGUGUCGAUCAAACCCGGGAGUGUUAUGCGACCGGGAGAAACGAUAUCUGUUCAGCAGCAGAUAAUUUUUGCGCCAGUCUAGUUGAGUCAAUGUACGACAACUACUCCGGCCGGGACGAGUACGAUAUGCGUGAAUUAGCCUCGGAUCCAUUUCCCUACAAUUUCUAUUCAGACUACCUCAACACACCAAAGGUUCAAGCCGCCAUUGGCGCGUACCAAAACUUUUCCUCUUCCUCCUCGACAGUCGGCACUAGUUUCUCUAGCACAGGAGAUGACGAUCGGAUGUCUGGCACAAUUGGCGAUGUGCAAAAAUUGUUGAAGGCGGGCGUUCAAGUGACGAUGUAUUUUGGUGAUGCGGACUUUAACUGCAACUGGCUUGGUGGCCAAGUCAUUGCGGACGAAAUAGAUGCCCCUGGCUACUUAAAAGCAGGUUUUGUGAAUCUCACUACGUCGGACGGGAUCGUUCAUGGACAAGUUCGACAAAGCGACUUGUACAGUUUCAUCAGAAUAUACGAAUCAGGCCAUGAAGUCCCAUUCUAUCAGCCCCUAGCUGCGUUAGAGUUUUUCGAAAGGGCGAUAUUCAGGAAAGACAUCGCGACUGGAAAGCAGAAAGUCACUCAACAUGGAGGGCACCGCACUGUGGGAACUGCAACCAGUGACUAUCGAGAGGGCAAUGGUACGAUCGUUUUCCAGAACCUUCCUAGCAAUGCUACCUACAAUACUACUCUCAACGGACCAAAUCCCCAAUUUCUCUGA